GGUCGAGCAGAUGCCACUUUCGCGGAAAGGCACCGCCUCGGGUUUCGCAGCUGCAGCGAAGGUGCUUUUCGACUCUGCGCAGCGUGUCGGCGCUGUGCAGCCGUUGGAGCAAAGCACCAAACAGUAUGCACAUCAGCUCAAAAAGAUUCAAUCGCAGAGCAAAAAGCGUGGAGGGUCGCUCGGCGGCGUGUCGUACAAAGUGGCUGAGUUUUUGGCUGCUCAGCGAACUCCGGUGCCUUACCCGCCGCCGCGCCCAAACGUGUCACUGGAGCGCACCAUCGCAAAGAAAGUCCCACUUAUCGACAUUCCUCCUAUACCACCCAAGGCGACUGUGACGGCAGUGAAGCACGUGCUUCCCUCAGAAACGAAAGCGGACAACGCGAAAACACAUGUUCGCCCGUUAACGCCAUCGCUUUCGUUCUUCACCGCGACACGCUCACCGGAAGCAGAUGCUACCACUCGAGUUUCAAGUCUGCGAUCUCCGGCGGUGGAAACGCCCAAGAGCGAGGUAGAAGCUGCACCGCAUCUGGAGGAGGUGCUCAUUGUGGAGGAUAAGCCUCUUUUUGAGGUUUGUCAGCCAGCGAUCACGCAACCGGCUCCGGCAGCUAUUGUCCAGCCCAUUAUCACUGCAAAGCCAACAGGGACAGAGACGCCGGUGAAGCGCGCGCGACCGGUGAAGCGCGCAAGACCCGUGGUCAGCGUUCCCCUUGUUUCUGAAGCGCUCACGACAGACACGUUGCGCUCCCCCGAAGAUCAGGCAUCCUCCACCUUGACGACGUCACCUCCUUCGUUCUCCGUGGAUGCGUGGGAGCAGCAGCGCGAGAAGGAGAUGGAGCGCUUACAGAGAAAGCAAGACGAAGAGGAGCAGCUUCGCCUCGCCAUGGUUCGGGAAAAGGAGCACCAGACGCUGGGGAAAAUAUGGGUGGAGCGGAGGACUGGCACGGAUGCGUUCGAGGCGGAGCUCACGCCUGGAGGGAAGCUGCUGCGCGAAGUCUACUACGCGAAGUCCGUAGACACCGCCUUCGCUUUUUUUCAGAAAAUGAUAGACGCGGGAGCAAAGACAGCUGCUUUGCUGCCAGCAGGCAUUUCGAGUGUUGCUUACCACAUUAGAGAAGUCAACGCGGCGGAGCAGACGCGGCUCAAAGGGAUUUUUCUCGAGAUGGUGGCAAAAGCGAAGGUGGCGGACUCAUUGAAGCGGAAAGCGAUUCUGGCAGUUGCGAGCGGGUCUGACUUUCUAGCGGCCUACGAUGCAUUAACGCCUGCGGAAAAAAAUGGCCUAGACACCUUUUUCAUUGUCAAAGCUGUACGGGUGCUUUUGCUGGACGGGCGGUGGCAGGAGGCGCUUGCCUUCGCCAAGCAGAGCCGCAGUAACUUCCGCAGUGGAAGUGAUAUCGUGGACUUGGCGAUGCUGCGAAUGUGCCGUGGGCUCGAGGAAGGGCCCCGGAAAGAGGUGGUGGCGUAUGCGGCGCAGAGUCUUGCAGAGCAGGGACGAAUGGGCAAAACGGCGAAGCUUCUCAUCGCGCGCACCGAAGCCGGUGUCUACCGUCGCACACUGCUGAAGCAAAUUGCGGCGUCUUCGGACGUUGAUGAAAUCGUGUACGCGGAGCUCAUCGUGCGCUCGAGCAAGGACCAAACGGAUAUUUUGCUGGCUGAGAUGGCUGCACGGGGGCUUAACCCGGAGGACCCGGUUGUUCUAGGUGCGGUCGCGGUGAAGAAACUGGAGGACGAGAAUCCAGCCGAAGUGUUCAAGGAGAUCGACCGACAGGUCGCAAAGAUUGGUAUUCGUCCGACUCACGUUCUCGUAGCGACGAAAGUAGCAGCGCUGCAUCCGACGGAGGAAGUGCUGCGACAGGCAAAGGCGGUGGUGUUGUCAGUCCCUGCGGUGAGCCGUGGUUUCGGCCUGCGUAAGCUCCUCCCUGUACUAUAUCAGCAUGGCCUGUUAGACGACAUCGUCGAAAUGGCUGACAAGACAAACGAAUCGGUGUCGAUGGUGGACCUGUUGCCAAAGGCCGUCGCAUUCGUGAACGAGGCGCUGCUGAAGGUGGGCCGACCUCCUCUUAGCGAGCUCCGUGCGGAUGACAUCGGGGCUGCCCACAUCGCCGGUGGCGUGACAGCCACUGCCCCUGGUAAGGUGGACGAGCGCGCGGCGGCCGUCGCAGUCGACCUUUCCGGGCUCACGGAGAGGAUGCUACUCUACGCGAAGGAGCGGCAGUGGUCGAAGGCACUGGAGACGGUGGUUAGUCUGCCUGCAUCUAUCAAGGCGGACGCAUCCGCUGUGACGCUGGUGUACAACUGCGCGUUGAGCGCCGCAGUAGAGCGUCCGGAGACGGUGAAACAGGUGUACGCGCUCAUGAGCACUCGCCGUAUCAACGCGAAUGCUACAACAGUGAACACGGUACUCAGCAGCUUGGGCAAGUCAGCCUCGUGGGAAGAGGCGUUGCGGUUCUUCGACAAGACACCUCAAGCUUGCAGAGACAACAACACCUAUCUAGUCUACUUUGCCCUUUUAGGCAAGCACGGUUUGUGGAAGGAGUCUACUGCAGCGUACGACGAGAUGCGGCAGGUAAUCUCCAAGCCCCCCAUCGCCAUGUUCUCACUCGUCAUCAGUACGGUCAGCGCACACGAUUGGCAGACAACCUUGCGCGUGUUCCAGGACAUGCUGAAAGUUCAUGGUUCCUCCGUGAAAGACAGCGUGGUAUCGCAAGUAAUUCGCUGUCUUGAGCAGCACAAGAAGCCCGCGGAGAUUGCAAAGCUGGAGAAGGAAAUGGCAAAGCGCAAAAAGAAGAAGUAA